GCCUUAGAAGGGAAAAGGCCGAGGAUCGGGAGAACAGUUACAUGCGCUAUUCUGCAAAUCACGGCUGGAUGUGUAAAUACAAACAAUUAAACAUUUAAAAGCAUCGCUUGAGUUUUAUGAUGGAACGAAGUCAAUGCUCCCAAAUCGAAACUGAAUUAUAUUACCUCAUCGCAAGAUUUUUGCAGUCGGGACCGUGCAAAAAAUCGGCUCAGGUAUAUUUAAACGAUCAGAGGAAAAAUAACUCUAUUGUUCACACAGUGCUUGUGGAGGAACUGGAGGAGUAUGAGUUGAUUCCUAAAAGAUGGAGUUGGGACGGGAAACAGCACAGACAAAACUUCGCGGACUGGGUGCUGUUGAACCAGCACAUCCCGUCAGACUACCUGCUGCGCGUGUGUCAGCGAAUAGGACCCCUUCUGGACAGCGUGGCCCUCCCCAGUGUGCCUGGAGUUCACACCCUGCUUGGGCUCGGACGCCAAUCCCUUCUGCGUACUGCCAGGGGCUGUGUUCACAAUGCGUGGAGCAGUUCUGCUUUUGCUGCCCUUCAUCGGGGAAGACCCCCAGAACCACCGGUGCAGCAGAAGAACCUGCCCAGUAUUGUUCACAUCCUGGGUGCCCGGCAGCUCACGGGCAGUGCCCGUUUCUGCAGCACUGUGCCUUCUUCCACUUACCAGCAUAUGAAGAUGCACAAGCGCAUCCUGGGCCACCUGUCCUCUGUUUACUGCGUGGCCUUCGAUCGCACUGGCAGGCGCAUCUUCACGGGUUCUGAUGACUGCCUCGUGAAGAUCUGGGCCACAGAUGAUGGCCGGCUUCUUGCCACUCUGCGGGGCCAUGCGGCUGAGAUCUCCGACAUGGCUGUCAGUUACGACAACAUGCUGCUCGCCUCAGCUAGCUGUGACCGGGUCAUUCGCGUGUGGUGUCUGCGGACGUGUGCACCCAUCACUGUGCUGCAGGGCCACAGCACCUCCAUCACCUCCAUACAGUUCUCCCCAUCAGGCAGAGGAGUGAUGCGGUACCUUGCCUCCACGGGGGCAGAUGGAGCUGUGUGUUUCUGGCAGUGGGAUUCCCUCACCAUGAAAUUCAAUGAACGUCCAGUGAAAUUCACAGAGAGAGCCCGACCUGGUAUGCAGAUUUCCUGUUCAUCCUUCAGCAGUGGUGGGAUGUUUCUGGCCACAGGAAGCACAGAUCAUGUGGUCAGAGUGUACUACUUGGGUUCUGAGGUUCCAGUUAAGCUUUCACAGCUGGAGGGCCAUACGGACAAAGUUGUGGCUGUCCAGUUCUGCAACACCAGUGACAGCCUGAGGUUUGUGAGUGGCAGUCGGGAUGGCACUGCCCGUGUGUGGCACUAUCAGCAACACAAAUGGAGCAGCAUCACCUUGGACAUGGCAGCUCGGUUGCCUGGGAGCAGUGCUGUGUCCAGGGAGGAUAAGAUGACCAAAUUGGUGGUCACUAUGGUGGUCUGGGACCGUCGGGAUGGCAUGGUCAUCACAGCAAUCUCCAACUACCUCCUUAAAGUGUGGUGCUCUGUGUCUGGUCAGCUGCGCCACAUUCUGUCUGGUCAUGAUGAUGAAGUGUUUGUCCUGGAGGCUCAUCCCUUUGACUCACGCAUCAUGCUCUCAGCCGGCCAUGAUGGCAACAUCUAUGUCUGGGACUUGUCCACGGGUGCCAAAAUCAGGAACUUCUUCAACAUGAUUGAGGGCCAAGGUCAUGGUGCUGUAUUCGACUGCAAGUUUUCCCCAGAUGGACAGAAUUUUGCCUGUACUGACUCCCAUGGUCAUCUUCUCAUCUUUGGCUAUGGGUGCCGCAGGGCUUAUGAAAAGAUCCCCGACCAGAUGUUCUUUCAUACGGAUUUCAGACCGCUGAUCCAUGACUCCAACAACUAUGUCCUGGAUGAGCAAACUCAGCAGGCUCCCCACCUCAUGCCACCUCCUUUCCUAGUAGAUGUUGAUGGGAACCCUUAUCCCUCCUCCUAUCAACGUUUGGUCCCAGGCAGGGAGAACUGCAAGGAAGAGCAGCUGGUACCACAGCUGGGCUAUCUGGCCAAUGCUGAAGGUGAGGUGAUGGAGCAGGUGAUUGGGCAGCGUACAACUGGCGAGGAACCAGAAGUGAGCCCCUUGGAUGACCUCAUCAGAGGCCUCCAACAGCAUCUAGACAGUAACCUGCAUUCUGGAGUUGAGUCUGGGGUGCAGUUUGCAGGUGUGGGGCUUGGCUCACAUCUCAACAUGGGGCUGCGACGGAGUGGACAAGUGGAGGGAGUGCGGCAGAUGCAUCACAAUGCUCCCCUCAGCCAGAUGGCUACCAAGAGGGACCUGCUGGCUUGGAGCCGCAGAGUGAUUGUAGGAGAGAUCCCCCCUGCAGUGUGCAGGGUGAUGGAGGAGUGCAGGCUGGCCAAGGCUGAGGCUGAGUGUGCCCUCUAUAGUGCAGGAAAUAGGAAGAAGCCCCCACCUACUUUUUCAAAGGGCGAGCAGCAGGGUCUUGGAGUUCGCUGGCUGAGGCAGACCCAGCGCAAGCAGCAGCGCCAUACCUACCAGACACGCUCUGCCAUCGAACGCCACACACGGGAGAGGCAGAUGAGCCUGGACAGUGAGGUUGAGGUACCAAAUCAGCAGAAGACAGAGAGGUCCUCCAGUGAGCCUUCCUCCGACUGGCAAAGGGACAGCAGUUCCAGUGAUUCCUCCAGUGAGUACUCGGACUGGACAGCAGACAUAGGCAUCAACCUACAGCCCCCGAGGCGGUCAGUCAUAGCGCUGAUACAAAACCUGGGCAGCAGUUCUUCUGAGGAAGACGAAGGCUCCAGAAGGGAGACAGGGAAACGGAAGUCAGAGAAGAAAAGAAACAGUAAACAAGCUCGACAGGUUAGUCAUAGACCCAAACUGCUGCCAUCUCUUCAUGGGAGAGACAUGGAGGAGUGGCGGCCCCCACCUUGGAUCAUGGACACCACGCCUCGGCGCUCACCCUUUGUCCCCCAGAUGGGGGAUGAGCUCAUCUACUUCCAGCAGGGCCACCAAGCCUACGUGAAGGCAGUGCGCAGGGUCCGCGCCUAUAACAUUAAUCUGCGGAAGCAGCCCUGGAACAAGAUGGACCUCAGGGACCAGGAGUGCGUGAAGGUGGUGGGCAUCAAAUACGAGGUGGGCCCGCCCACCCUCUGCUGCCUCAAGCUGGCCUUCCUUGACCCCAUCACAGGCAAGAUGACCGGGGAAUCCUUCUCCCUCAAGUAUCACGACAUGCCUGAUGUCAUCGACUUCCUGGUGCUGCAGCAGUUCUAUUGUGAAGCCAAGGAGCGCAACUGGCAGCCAGGGUUGCGCUUCCGCAGCAUCAUAGACGAUGCCUGGUGGUUUGGCUCUGUAGAGGACCAGCAGCCCUUCCAGCCUGAAUAUCCUGACAGCCUGUUUCAGUGCUACUCAGUGCGGUGGGAUACUGGCGAGAAGGAGCGUGUCAGUCCCUGGGACAUGGAGCCUAUUCCAGAUGGAGCCUCUUUGCCAGUGGAGACAGGCCACAGCGUCCCAGUGAGGGGGGAGGAGCUGAAGGCACUGCUGUACUGCCCCAAGCAGGGUGAAUGGGGUGCUCUGACACAGGACAAGGACAGUGAUCGGGUGAUCAAGGGUAUCAACGACCUGCUCACGCUUGACAUUGCAAAAGCAUUCGUCUCUCCAGUGGACUUGAACUCUUCCCCCGAGUACUAUACUGUGGUGGCCUACCCCACUGACCUUAACACCAUCCGCCAGAGGCUUGAGAACCGUUUCUACAGGCGGAUUUCUGCUCUCAUGUGGGAGGUGCGCUACAUUGAGCACAACGCUCGCACCUUCCAUGAGCCACAGAGUCCAGUUAUUGCUGCAGCCAAAACGGUGACAGAUGUCCUACUACGCUUUAUUGGGGACCAAAUGUGCAUGGACAUCCUGAAACUGUACCAUAAGAUGAAGGUGGAGAUGGGCAGGGGAGUGGAAGAGGAGGAGAGGGUGGACAUGGGUUCGGAUACCCCUGGGACAUCUACAGGGCAGCAGGUGAAGGACAAAAAGACAGAUGUGGAGGAGUGGCAGGACCAAUGCCGACAGCUCCUGGACCACAUCCUGGAGAGAGAGGACUCUGUGCCUUUCCGUCAACCCAUCAAUCCCUCUGCCUCUCCGGGUUACAGAGACAUCAUUAACAUGCCAAUGGAUCUGGGCACCAUCUCUGAGGUUCUCAGCAGUGGGGGUUACAGCGAUCCCCUGGAGUUUUCCAGAGAUAUACGGCUGGUCAUCAAUAACUCCAACACCUUCCACCCCCAUAACAACUCCCAGAUCCAUGGUAUGACCCAAAGCCUCUCGGCCAUGUUUGAAGCCCAGAUCCUGCCUAUCCUCUCUAGCUAUGAGUCGGCAGUGCAGAGACAAAGACUGUGCCAAGGGCCACGACCACGCAAGCGGCUGCACAGUGGUAGCAGCUCCACAUCUGCCAGCCUACCCUCCAGUCCUAAAGGGAAACGGAAAUCAGGAAAAAUGUGUAUAAAAUCUGCAUUGAAUCACAGCUGCACUUUUGUAAAGAGCAUGGCCUUUCGAGCGGCAGAAGCAAAUGGCUCAGUAAUAAAUGAUGUGGAUGGGGACAGCCAGCCUUCCACUUCAAGUUCUUUGACAGGGGCCCAACAGGAGGACCCUGGAGUUAACCGAGUGACGCGCAGUCGAGCUACAUCCACAAAGCUCACAGUUGAGGUGAGUGACAGGGGUCUGAACAAUGGGAGCUGCCAGAUCCUGAAUGCUUCCAGUUGGAGACACAUGGGAUUGAGUCCAGAAGAUGAUGGUUCAGCAUCAAAAGAGAGCAGCCUAAGGAGGUCAAAGAGCUCCAGAAAUGCUUCUCCAUCUUCCUCCUCCUGCUCUUCCUCAUUAUCAUCUACUGGGUCUUCAGACAAUGGGAGCAACUCGGAAUGUGAGUUUCACCCUGUGAAACUGGUCAAAGGCAGCAGACAUGACAACACUAAAGUUCUACAGCAUAAAGCUUGGGGAAGGCCAGUCAAGAUUAAAGAAGAGAGGGGAUGCCAUUGUCAUGUGCUCAAGGGAAAGCGGGCCAGGCAACAACCAGAGGAAGAGGAAGAAACAGUGGAGACUGAUCAGGAGGAAGAGAGCCAAGACCAGAAACCAGCUAAGGAGAAGGAGAAAGGCAGCCAGAAACUGAUCCAGCAGGUUCCCUCCCGAAUCAACACCCGAAAUCAAGGUCGGCGAACAGUGCUGUACAAUGAUGACUCAGAGGAUGACAGUCCAUUACCCACUGUGGACCCCCUCAACCUUGGUAUUUCUCGCUCAGGCCGGGUGCGCCGCAUGACCGAGAAAGCUCGAGUCAGCCACCUCAUAGGUUGGAGCCACUGAAGACUGGCUUCCUGCUUUCUCCUGCCUCAGACCCAUGUGAUUUGAUGCUGCAUUCUGCAACAAACAUCAGGGUAUCUUUUCCUAGACAUUGUGUAGGAGAAUCAGUCAUACAGAGGAUCAAAAGUUUACAACAUCCCAGUGUGUAGGUAACUCCUCCCAGGCCCUUGGUAGUACUGGUUUCUCAGUACCAGGUUAGCUUUACUGUACUCUAAGGCCUUAACAACAUCAGGUUCCCUUCAGCCUCUCCCUCACUCUCAGGUCCUUCUUCAACCACUGUUUUUAAGCAAGGAUCAGAAAUAACAACUCUUGUUUCUUUCUUUUUUACAUGUACAUGGCUUCCCUCAUUGUUUACACACAAAAUUCUCUGGGUCAGUUAUGUCAGUGGGUGACUUUAACGGAACUUCAGAUGUGUUUCCUUACUGUUACACUCCUUCUCCACCACAGCAGCUGGUGUACACUCAGUGAGGGUCAACCUGGUGCUUUUCAGACCUUCAUACAAUCAUGAGCCCCAGGAUCGAAAACCAUAUUCAUAAAGCAGACCUUCCUCAGCGAUCUUCAGUGCGGCUGAAUGGUUUUAUAAUUGUCUGUCUUAUAAACUGCACAUGUUGGCUGAACUGAAGUAUGGAUUUAUGAUAAAAAAGACAUGCUGGAAAUUAGUAUUUCAAGCUAUGGAUUGAUUUAAGUGUACAACAGUGCUGAUGUCAUGUAUUGUUUCCCAUUCAUGACUUAAUACCGUUCGCCUUGGUCCAUAAUGUUAAACACUGCUUAGUUUUGAAUGCAUGUUAAAGUGAGUUAGUUUUUUGUUUGAGCCCACAAAGUUUACACUUUUUACAACGAAGUAUUUGUAUUUUUACAUUAUUAUACACCUUGGCCAAAAACUACUCUAACAGUGAGAUGGAUAUUUGCACAAUCCUGUCUGAUUUAGGUGCAAAGUGAACAACCAAGACACAAUGGCUACGCUUAAAGUUUGGAGCAGCUGUUUUCUGACACAUGAUUCCAUGGAGACAUUCGUCAAGAGGAACUCUUGGAACCAAAAUAUCCUGGAGCUAUUUUAACAACAACGCAGCUUAAUUUCAGCAGAGGCAAUCUGUCUUGACUAAUGGUGCUAAGUGUCAAACCUUUGCAGAAUAUUGGUUACAGGUUUGUGUGUUUGUUGUGCUACUUGUUUUAAAGGUGUCUAUAGCACUAGAUAUUAUUAACUUAAUCAUGCAGGGAUCCUCUCAGUUAAGAAUCUUAAACACAGAGAUCCAGCUACCUCUUUCCAGAUCCCACAGAGUGUGGUGUUAAGAGAAGGGAUUGGGUUGUCUUUCCCUUAGCCAUGUAUCACAGUUCUACUUAUUAAAGGGUUCAGUGUCUGUUUUUUCAAUAUUUAACUCAACGGUCACUAGUGAUGCAGACCUCUCGCCAAGUCCCUUUUCUUAGUCUGUCUUCCUGGAUCAUUGGGUUUGGUCAAUGUUAGCUGUUGUAGUCCUUUUCAUUUGAUUACAAAGUGUAACAUUUAAAAAACUCUUCCUCAA